GGAAGUAUUUUUGGCGGCUAACUCGAGAGAAGCACCUAGUAUCUCUCCGUCCUGCUCAGAUUCAUCGUUUCUGGAGGGGCCUUCCUCCUAAUCUGGACAGUGUGGAUGCUGUGUACGAGAGACCAGGGGACCACAAAAUCGUGUUUUUCAAAGGUUUAAAAUACUGGGUUUUUAAAGACAAUAAUGUAGAAGAGGGUUACCCUCGUCCAAUCAGCGACUUUGGCUUGCCACUGGAAGGAGUGGACGCCGUCUUUGUUUGGCUGCACAACGACAAAACCUACUUUUUUAAGGACAACCGCUACUGGCGCUACGAUGACCACUUGCGACGUAUGGACCUGGGCUACCCUAAAGACAGCUCACUAUGGAAGGGGCUGCCUCCCCACCUGGAUGAUGCCAUGAGGUGGUCUGAUGAAAAUCCCCCAGUCAUCGCUGCAGAUGGACGCCCCGCCUUCAGCCUGAUUCUGCUGGAAGUUUCUUCCUGUUAAAAUGGAGUUUUUCCU